UAUAGCCGAGCGUUGCUUGUAUAAGUGUUCUGUGGCUUCUCUCUGCCUUCGUUUACAGUGUGCCCACUCUGGUGUGCCUGUUUUUCAGUCUGCCGUGUCUCUGCAGCUUGGACGAGCUAUUGGAAAGCCACAAUGCCUGAACGAGGGGAAGGUGGCGAGUCGUACUCGAACCCGAUAGCCCCACCAGGCUUAAAUGUGUCCUCAACAGAAAGUCAUCAUCCGAUGACCAACGAUGACUUCCGAAAACUUAUCAUGACACCUCGAGCCGCGCCUCAAGCGACACCGACUCCAGCCAAGGAAGAAACAUAUCGAAAACCCACAGCUGAGGAUGACGACAAAGGUGACCAGAGGCGCAAGAAAAAGAUGUUUUAUGCCUCACUCAAGAAACAGGAAGAGGACAAGUUGGCUGAGCUGGCAGAAAAAUACAGAGACAGAGCUCGGGAGAGAAGGGAAGGUGUCAACCCAGACUACCAAAACGAAGACCCCAUUUCAUCGACUGCAGGCUAUAGAGCUGUUGCUCCUGAUGCAAAAUCGGGUUUGGACGCUGCGGAACGACGUCGCCAGAUGAUUCAGGAAUCCAAGUUUUUGGGUGGUGACAUGGAGCACACUCACUUGGUGAAAGGUCUCGACUAUGCUCUUCUGCAAAAGGUGCGCAGUGAAAUAUCCAACAAGGAAAAAGAGGACGAGGAGUUAGAGCAGACCCUUGACACGGCACAAGAUGAACCCCAGGAGGAGGAAAUGCAGUUCAAGACUGUUUUGGGACGCAACAUCUAUCGAAUGGUUUUCCGGCCACGAGCGGUGGAACGCAAUGACCUGUUUUUGCCCAACCGGAUGGCAUACGUCAUUGAGCUGGAUGAUGAAUAUGCUGACAGCGACAUUCCCACAACUCUCAUUCGCAGCAAGAAGGACUGCCCAAACCUCGAGAGCCACACCACCCUCACCACCAACGACAUUGUGAUCAACAAGCUGACUCAGAUCCUGUCGUACCUGCGCCAAGGAAUGCACAACCGUAAGGGCAAAAAGAAGGGCAAGGGGACUGACAAGCCAUCAGGCAAAGUGGCACCAGAUGAUGCCAUCUUUGAAGACGCUGGUGAUUAUGUGCCCGAGGUGAGCUCAGAGGGCGGCAAGCAUGGCAGUCGACGCGAGGGUGAGCGUGACCGAGAGCGCAGGCGGUCGUCCUACUUCGAGAAGCCCAGCUUGGAAGAUGAGAGAGCUGCAACACGCAGCAGUGGCAGCAGCGGACAUCGCAGUCACGACACGCGUUGGUCCAGUGCAGUCGAUGCAGCUGCUCAGCAGCGAGAGGACAGUGGCCGCCUCAAGGCCAAGUUGACCAGCAAGCUGGAACGGGACUUGCCUGAGAGCUAUGCCGAGUGCUACCCAGGUGCCCCUGAAAAUGAAGAUGCUGUUGCAGACAGCGAUGAUGAAGUGGACUACACGAAGAUGGACCUUGGCAACAAGAAAGGUCCCAUUGGACGAUGGGACUUCGACACACAGGAGGAGUACAGCGAGUACAUGAGCCACAAGGAGGCCUUGCCCAAGGCAGCGUUUCAGUAUGGCGUCAAAAUGGCAGACGGCCGUAAGACACGUCGUGCUGCUGGGAAAAAGGAUGACAAGGCCAAGUUAGAUCGAGAGCUGCAGAAGAUUAAUCAGAUUAUUGCCCGUCGAAAGGCUGAAGGAGACAGUUUUGUGGGACUUGCCACACCAGAAUACAAAAGACCGAAAUACUAGAGUUUGGCUGCAUCGCUGCAUACAACAAGGGCAUCCAUGUUGUCUUGUGAACUUUCGUGUGUAGAGUAAAGUCUAUGUUUUAGCCCACAUGGUAUCUGCUCCUUAUUAGUAGGAAAGGCUUCUGGCACACAUCUGAACCGAAAGCACCACCCAAGGUCAUCACACACGUUAACGCA